AUGGUGGAGCACUUUGCCCGGGAACAAAGCGCCGGCAAGCUGGAGCGCGACGACUCACACGUGGUGCUAACCGAAGCGGGCGCACUCAACGUGAGGAGCGUCAGGAAGUGGAGCGGCUACCGCCCGGUGAGCCCGCGGCCCGACGACGAGGCCCUCUUAGUCGAAGGGGCCGAGCAGGCCAGCAGGCUCCCGGACGCCAGCCCUACCGAGGAGCUGGCCAACGCAGAAAUACCGGACUACGAGCCGUCCGACGUGGAGGCAGCACCUUCCGCAGCAAGCGCGUUGCCGCAACAAGCGGCAAGCCCCGCCCCAGCCGCCAACGACGGCUCAGGCGAAGGGGGGCAGAAGCGCGACUCUGCGGGUUCCUCCGCGAGCGCAGCGGCAGCACAGCAGCCGCCUGCAGCGAAGAGCCGCACGGAGCCCAAGAAGGCACCGCGGCUAGGAGCGCCCACUGAGCGCGAAGUGUGGCAGCACAUCGCUGCCUUAGCCGACCCGCCGCUCACCAACCACCAAGGCGAGCGGGACGCGUGGGUCGGGCAGGUGACAGACCUGCUAGACCGGAUGCUCGACCCCAAGCAGGUCGAGCAGGCACGCAAGGAGCAGCUAAGAAAGCUGUGGGACCGAGGCGCUUUCACGCCUGUGCUGCGGUCUGAAGUACCGCGCGGGGCGCAGCUGUUCAGGGCAAAGUGGGUCGACAAGUGCGACAAAGGUAGCAGCGCUACACAACGAGGGGUGGGUCUGGAUAUUGUGGCCGCCUUCCUCAUAGGGAAGGACCGCGGUGCGGCGGAGGGCCGCCCGGUCUACAUGCACGCGCCUGUGGAGUGGCGCGAGCUCUUUGACCAAUGGGUCUUGGAGCAGCCUGCAAAGGACCAGCAGUGGUACCGAGACCACUUCCGGGACUUUGUGUUCCGAGUGGACGGCAACCUUUACGGCCGAAGAACGGCUGGUUCCGUCUACAGGGACGAGCUGGAAGAAGUCCUCACCGGCAAGUGCAGCAUUCCCGCAGAUUAUGCCAUGCAUGUGCAACUUCCUCCUGCAGUCUUGUUUUGGCUGCAGCGGCCUCCUGUAGAGAUGGCCCGAGCCCGCAAUGAAGCGAGUGCAAAGGAUAUCAAGAAAGUAUUGAAGGGGAAUGGCUUUGCAGAUGCCCCUAAACCAGACCAGUAUAUGAACUUAAGCCUGGAUGAGGUCGUGGCUGAGUACAAGGUUUUGAUCCUGGCCGUCUUGAAGGAAACCAGCAGGCCCACCGUGAAGGUACUCCUUGCUGGCUGCAUGAGCUUGUUCCCGGAAUCCAGUAGAGAACUUUGCAAGCCUUGGUGCGAGAAGCUUGUGAAUGCGGUAUGUCAUUGUCGCAGCAAGCGCAGUUGCACGUCUGGGAAGAAGCUACCACCUGCCGUUCGUGAGGUGGUCAUGUUCUUGAAAGGCAUGGGCGGCAGUGUGGCACGAGAAGUCUCCAGAAGCAGCUUCAGUUCUUCUGCAUCCAAACCUGCUGCAAGUCCUCGGCCCUCGCCCUCUUCGGUGGCUCCUGCGACUCGCAGCAGCAAGGAGCAGAUCUUCACACAGUACGGCCUGGAGGCGCCAGUUUCAGAUCCAGGUGCAGAGGUGGAGGAGACUGGGCUGUCUCCUGCCCACGUGCAGGAAGUGUUUUCCUCGCAGGAGGUCAUGUCUCCUACUCAGGAGGCACCUCCUACGGCAGCUUUGCCAGUGGAAGACAAAACUUCGGGCGGAGACGGGUCUGCUGAAUACCAAGAGUACUUCGACUCUGCUCGUCUCUGCAUGGUUCGUGCUUAUCCCAGUGGGGCUUUGGUGAUGGCAACGAUGCAAAAAGGCGAAGACGGAUUCCAGAAAGCUUUGUUCCCUGGCUCGGCGGAGGCAGUGUCCACAGAGAUCCCAAAUCUGCGAAUUCAGCGGAUGAAGCGGCCGGCUGCUCGAGUGAUGAAAAAACCGGCUGCCAAGAAGAGGCCGGCUGCAGCACCGACAACGGCAAGUGCUUCGGCUAGCUCUGCCAGCCUCGAAGAAAACGAGGACAGUGGCAUGGAGCCCCAGCCAUCAGUUGCGGAGGAGCAGCCGGAGAACGUAGCUGCUGCACAGCAGGAUCGUGUGGGACGGCGCACAUACACCAUCAUGUAUUACAAGGCGCCCAGGCACAAGAAGGCCAUUCGGCAGAAGCAGGCUCCCUUCUCACAGCUGUUCCAGUUCGGCCGAAAAGGCGUCCCUGUUUGGCAGAUGGACAGGAUCGCAAAAGCAUGUGUCCAGAAGCUUGAGAGCGGCGAGCUUGAAGAAGCUGAUGCCGAAGAUUGGUGUAAGAGUCGCCUCGCACAGCCCGUUGCAAUGGCGACGACGGGCACCAGCUACUACAGCGGCGGCGGCUCAGGCGGCGGCGGUUGGGGCUCUGGCGGUUGGGGCUCAGGUGGCUGGGGCGGAGGAGGAGGUCGCGACGACAAGUCGUACUGGGAGCCAUGGAAAGACGACGAGCCGGACGAGGAUCCGGAUGAUGAGCCGGAGUAUGACCUGAGGUACUGUCAGUUCUGCAAAUCGUAUGGGUACAUCCGCAAAGACGGCUGUGUCAACAAAAAGUGCAAGCCGGACUACACCCCGAAGGAGUUCGAUGAUAUCCACGGAAUCGGUCAAGCAAUGGCAUGCAGCUUGGCACUAGGGCUCUCCUAUGUAAAGACCAAGGCUGCUGGCUGCCCCAAGGGCAAAUGGUGGGGUGAGACGGAAGCGGCCGUCGAUCCGGAGAAACGUCGCCGCCAAGCAGAGGCAGCAGAGGCUCGGAGCCAGGCGGCGGCACCAGCUUCGCCAACGGGGGCAUGGAUUGUGUUGUCGUACGGGCCCGUCGCCCCUGCAGCUGGAAACGAUCAAGGAGAGCCACAUGCGGGCGACAACCAGGAGAAGGAGAAGGGGGAGAAGGGCGGCGACCCGGCGGACAAGUUCUGCUGUGGCUGUGGCGGCUAUGAUCUGAGCUCCUUGGCUGCAAAGGUUGCUUGGCGACCGUGCUCUUCCGUGGCGCUUGGAAAAAUGCGACCGUCUGCGGUGCCGUGUGGUACUGACGAGGAAGAGGUUCCCAGGCGAACCAAGUCGGCCGCAGGGGAACCUGUCAAGACGGAGCCCUUGUCGCCCCAGAAGCCGAAGGAAACUUUGGGGAUGGCCAAGGCAGAGGUGGCAGGCUUGCUCACAAGCCUCAAGUACCAAAUCAAGGCUAAGAAAAUGACGGAGAAGCAUCGCGAACAAGCGAACGAUAUCUUGCUGAAGUACCAACAGUCUGGCGUCCAUGGAAAAAAAGAAAUAUUGCAGAAAUUGCAAACGAGCGGGCUUCGUGACCUCAGCUGGUUCGCCGAGAUGCAAAGCGAAUACCAAACGCAAAGCGUGGACAAGGAGAGCACCACGAAGGGCUACUUCAACAGGAGCCAGAUCCUCAAGAUGAACGGCCUGGACCCGAGCAACAUGGACGAGGCUGUGGCUGCUGACACGCUCAAGGACUUGAUCGCCGACUGUGAGGCAGAGUUUGGAAGCGACCUCGGCAGGCUCGUCGAGAAGUUCGACAACCCGGACCUGGAGGUGCCCGCCAACGAAGAGGCUUGGAACAAGGCCUACAGUGCUUGCAAGGCCGCCAAGAGCAAGCUGGGGAAGGUGGCGGACGAGCUCGAGGAGCAGCACGCCAAGCUGGUUGCUCACGGUCCCCAAGCGGAGGCGGACGAAGUUGGGCCCAAGAUCGAGACCCUCCGAGGCUUCUUGAAGACUUUGCGCUUCAAGAUCAGCGAGUGGAUGAACAUGAGCGAGGGAUGCAUGGAAGCGAAGUUGCCGGAGCUCACCCAGCUGAGUGAGGAAGCCACCAGCCACCUGGCUGCAGCCACGGCCUACAACAAGAAGUUGAAGAGUCAAAACUGCUCGCUCGGAGUUGCAAGUCUCUGCUGCCGUGCAUUUCGCUUUCGCUGGGCUCGAAUUCUAGGAUGGCACUCCUACGAAGGAUGCGCCAAGGGGGUCAAAGAUCUGGCCCAGGCUAAGCAGGGAAGCAACACUGCCAGGAACUUGCUUCGGCGCAAUCUUCGCCGAACACCGUGGCCGCCGCCAUAUGAGUGCCAAGUCCGGGGCAAGAAUCCAAGGACUGGCAAGGAGGACCUCUACACCCUGGCCUUCAUGCUUCCGCACGAAGUGCUACACGUUCUCCUGGAGUCUAACGAUGUUUCGGAAAUCAGAAAUCAACAAGCUCGGAUUCCCAACUUGCAAGAGCAACUUCAAGAGCACGGCAAUGAUGUCCUGCUGUUGGGGCUGUGGCUAGACGGUGUACCGUUUAGCUCAGACCGUAGCCAGACACUGCAGUGUGCAACCCUCAGCUUGCCAGGGCUUACAGAUGCUGGCGACUUUCGCUUUCCACUGACAGGGUUUCCAAAAUUCUUUCAGAUGCCUGAAGCUACCUGGGAUGAUGUCACGGCUAUCAUUGCUUGGUCGAUGAGAUGCUGUUAUACUGGCUUCUUCCCGUCCUUCCGUCACGACGAGUCUCGUUUCCUUGGCAACGACAGCUGGCGAAAGAGGAGAGCCUCGCAGCCGCUAGGCUGCCGGGCAGUCUUGGCGGAAGUGCGGGCGGAUUGGUCGGCAUACCAGGAAGUGUUGCGACUACCUGGCUGGACUGGCAACGGCCCAAUCUGCUGGUUUUGUCAAGCGACUUUGCAAGAUCUACAUGAUGUUGACGAGAGCAGCUCUUGGAGGAGCUCGCGCCUGUCGCAUUACCAGUUCCUGGCCAGGCAGAUCUCUGAAGGCAAGAACUUGAGCCCUCUUUUCAGUUGUCCUUGCUUUUCAGUACAGAAGUGCUGCAUUGAUUGGCUUCACUGCAUGGAUUUAGGAUGUGCAGCUGACUACAUGGGUGGGCUUUUUCAUAUGGUCGUGCAGACAAAGCUCCCCGAGCGAAGUGUCCACGAUCGCUGCAAGAACCUUUUUGGCGAUAUUCAAAAUUAUUAUCGCCGAAACCUGUCCCAGUCCCGCAUGAGCACGUUGACUCCGCUCAUGCUGAAAGGCAAAAACAAGAAGUGGCCCAAGUUGCGGGCUAAAGCCGGCGAGGCUCGCGACCUCAUCGGAUUCGCCAAGGAAUGCGCUGAAAGGCACAUGGGCAAUUCAGAUUUCGAGCGAACGGUGAGGCAGACUGCGAAGCAUCUGCACAGUUGCUAUGAGUUCUUGUCCGAAAGGCAUUGGGAUGCCGAGAAGUUUCACAAGACAAAGCCCAAGAUGCACCUGCUUCUCGAGCUGGGCCGCCAAAAGCGCAGGCCCAGCGAGACGUGGACGUAUCGAGACGAGGGCUUCGGUUGCCAACACUGGCCUGAGCUGCAGACUUGCACGGAUGCGGAAAAACAACCGGACUACGACUUCCAGCGGGGCGUGAAGGACCCGUGCGUGUACCUAGACCGCCGGUCCGGCCUAAUCCUUCUCCACCACGACGACAUCCGUGUCGCAGGCCCCAAGGCCGCAGUGCUGAAGUUCACGGAGGUGGACCUUCCGACGCACUGUGAGAUAACGGUGGGAGAACUGGAGGAGCCGGGCACAGCGGUGGAGGUCCUGGGAAGGACCAAGGUGCGCACAGAGGACUCUAUCCUCACGCUGCCCGACAGCAAGCACGCAGAGAAUGUGUGCGAGCAGCUGGGCAUCGGUCCAAAAGACAAGGGGACCGUGCCUAGCAGACCUCUAGACCUGACCAAGGUCGAGGAGCUCUCUGCGGGUGACGCCGCGAGGUUCCGCAGCGCCGUGGGUAGUGCUAUCUACCUGUCGGCGGACAGGCGAGACAUACAGUUCGCCGUGAAAGAGCUGGCACGAAGGAUGCAGAACCCCCAGGGUCUGCGACUGGCUCGCUGCGGAAACCCUCGCGCGAUACCUGCGGGCGACCCCGUCUACUCCGACUCCGACUGGGCAGGGUGCCCAGAAACGAGAAGGAGCACAGACAACAUAGUUGCCUGUCUCGGGGGAGCAGUCAUCCAGACAAGCUGCCAGACACAGCCCGGCCUCCCAGCCACCUCCAGCGGAGACGCGGAGAUCCGGGGAGUGUCGCGAGCAGCAAGGGAGGCCGUCUUCCUACGAGAGCUUGCGGAGAAAGACUUCGCCCCAGCCUGCGGCUUGCCGCGGCUCUGGGCCGACUCCGCAGCUUCGAUCGGAGCCGCCAAACGCAUAGGACCAGGGUCCAAGCUGAGACACCUGGAAGUCGCGGAAUUCUUUGUCCAAGGCGCGCUCAGAGCCAAACUUUUCGAACUGAGAAAAGUUAAGGGAACCGAAAAUCCGGCAAACUUCGCUACCAAGCACUCGAAGACUGGACCGGAGGUGCGGCAAUCCCUGCCCUCCAUGGGCAUGGUGGACCUCGAUGCGGUCGCAGGCGCCACCGAGGCUCUGGCCCAAAAGGGCACGAUCAAGUCGAUCCAGGCCCAAGGGCACGACUUCGCAGAGCUGGUGCUCGGCUUCGCGGCCCUAGGCUUCCUGGCCUUCCUGUGGAUGCUUUGGGGUUUAGUCUCCUGGCUCUGCAGGUGCAGACGUGACAGGCAGGAGCCGGAGCUGGAGGAUGAGAUCGAACACCACGCCGAGCGUGCCGAAGAGCCGCCGCGUGCAGCUCAAAGGGCCACUGAGGUCUGGCUAGGGCCAGAAGCGCCCCAAGAGGCGCAAGAGGAAAGGAGGGAGCAACAGCCUAGGGGGGCUCAGGAUCCUCAGAACACCGAGUUCCUCUGGACCGGGUUCGCCUUUCAAGUGGCCACCGGCCGCGUCGUGCGCCGGUACCAUGGCCAACAGCGCGGUUGCCCAUUCAUGGAAGGGGCAACGAUCAGACACAGGGUGUGUCUCCACUGCCGCAACGGGCACCAAAGCACCAAGCCCGGCAGUGCGGUGAACAACUCCCGCCACUGGGAGCCUCCACCUUGA